CUGCAUCUCUGAGAAGUGGAAAUGAUUCACUACCUGCCUCUCAGGCCCCUGGGAGGGAUCAUUGCCCCCUGGCUGGUAGUUAGCAUUGGGCACUGUUAGAACUUUUCAGCAGGGGGACACUGGGAAGCAAAAACCCUGGGAACCACUUCCUACAGUGCUAAGAAAGACAUUUGAGUUGGGUUGACUGGUCCCAAACUGACCUGGUACACUAUAGGUACGAGUGGCCCUCCCAAUUUUCCUGCUUCUGGGCACCUGGGAAGGCAAGAAGUGGGGGUUAAUGGGCACUAACAGUGUUUGGGGUCUGUGGCCCAGCAGGGGAACCCUGAGUCCAGGCAGGAAGGGGGAGGCCAGGACUGAGCAACAGCUGAACCCCGGCUGGUGAGGGGUUCCCCAGUGCCUGGGGAAGGGGCAGGUGGUCACUGAGUUUCAUAUACAUGCCUUGGUGACAAACAGGGAAAAGAGCAAAGGUACACUUAAAUGGCUGUGGGUACCUACUUGCCUGUAAUGUGUGUCUUUGGGGCAGGUAAGAUCAUUGGCCAGGUAGUGGGUGGCCCUUCCCAACCCUUGUCCUUCCUCCUUGGCCCCCUGGCCUCAGUACCUGUCCCCUGCCCUUCCUGGAGUCUUAGCUGGAUCAAAUGGACCUCAGCAGCACUUGAAUUGGACUUCAGGGAGAAAUUCCAGGGGAAACAGGCAGAUGACAGUGAAGAGAUCAGUUGUAAACAAAGUAGCUAUACCUUUGCCUGAGCCCUUCCAAAGUCCACCUGUAAGCUGCAUCUCCCAGAAGGCCCACCCUGUGGCCUUGAAACACCUUGGCUGCAGUGAGCUUUCUGCUGACCAGGUGUCCCAUCCCCCAGAGUGCCUUGGAGGGCCUUAGGGUGAUAGGUCACCUCCUGGGGCCCUGCCUAUCUUAGAAGGAAGGUGAGGAGGAGGGUGGGAGGUCACUUGGAUCCUCCCCAUCUGCGGCUUGACUUUGAUGAGAUCUUGGCUCCUUGGUUCUGUCUGCUGCUCAGCAUGGCCUCCGCACCACCAGCCCAGGGUGGGAGGCUAGGCUGUGGCUGCUGAGCACAGGCUGUGGCAGGGUUGUGUGCCUGGCUUCUCUUUCCCCCAACCCCAUCAGUCCCAGGCUGGCUGCCUGCUCUUAUUCACCAAGAAGCUGGGUUUCCCUGGGGACCAGUGGACUGGCCUAACCCCACCCCCAGCCCCUCAUUGUUGCCCCAGCUCACACUAGGAGGAGAGGCGGAGGAGGAGGCUGGUCUGUCUCCUGGACCCCUGCCCUCCCUGCUCUGCCUCCAAGGCCAGGCACCCUCUAUCCACUGCUGGGCUGUGAGCAAGGAGCAGUGGCUGCCCUCAGAAGAGUCUCCCCUGCAGGUCCUAGAGGCAGCCCCAGCUGGGAUGGCCGCUCCAGCAUCGCUAAGGGUCGCAGGGGAUCCAGCCCCAUGGGGGGCGCCCUAAGCUUCCCACAGCCCAACCAUCUGUUCUUUUCGGCUGCCUGCCUCAGGACACUCACCAUGGGCGGCUGCUUCUCUAAGCCCAAGCCAGGACUCCAACACCUGCACUUGAAGACACCAAAGCUCCAAGUGGAGCUCAAGAUUGAGGUGGUGCUGCCUGAGAAGGAGCGGGGCAAGGACGAGCUCUCUGCCAGCGGGAAGGGAAGCCCCCGGGCCUACCAAGGCAAUGGCACAGCCCGCCACUUCCAUACCGAGGAGCGCCUGCCAGCCCCUCACUCCUACCCUGGCCCUCAGGACUGCGUGGAAGCUGCCGUCUGCCAUGUCAAGGACCUAGAGAAUGGCCAGAUGCGGGAAGUGGAGCUGGGCUGGGGGAAGGUGUUGCUGGUGAAGGACAAUGGGGAAUUCCACGCCCUGGGCCAUAAGUGCCCACACUACGGUGCACCUCUGGUGAAAGGUGUGUUGUCGCGAGGCCGGGUACGCUGCCCCUGGCAUGGUGCCUGCUUCAACAUCAGUACUGGGGACCUGGAGGACUUCCCAGGCCUGGACAGUCUGCACAAGUUCCAGGUGAAGAUUGAGAAGGAGAAAGUGUAUGUCCGUGCCAGCAAACAGGCCCUGCAGCUGCAGCGAAGAACCAAGGUGAUGGCCAAGUGUAUCUCUCCAAGUGCUGGGCACAGUGGCAGUACCAAUGUGCUCAUUGUGGGUGCAGGCGCUGCUGGCCUGGUGUGCGCGGAGACACUGCGGCAGGAAGGCUUCUCAGACCGGAUCGUCCUGUGCACGCUGGACAGGCAUCUCCCCUAUGACCGGCCGAAGCUUAGCAAGUCUCUGGAUGCACAGCCUGAACAGCUGGCCCUGAGGCCCAAGGAGUUCUUCCGGGCGUAUGGCAUCGAGGUGCUCACUGAGGCUCAGGUGGUCACAGUGGACGUGAGAAACAAGAAGGUCGUGUUUAAGGAUGGCUUCAAGCUGGAGUACAGCAAGCUAUUGCUAGCCCCUGGGAGCAGCCCUAAAACCCUGAGCUGUAAAGGAAAAGAAGUGGAAAACGUGUUCACCAUCCGCACUCCUGAGGAUGCCAACCGUGUGGUGAGGCUGGCCCGGGGCCGCAAUGCAGUCGUUGUGGGAGCCGGCUUCCUGGGGAUGGAGGUGGCCGCCUAUUUGACUGAGAAGGCCCAUUCAGUGUCUGUGGUGGAGCUGGAGGAGACACCCUUCAGGAAGUUCCUGGGGGAGCGUGUGGGUCGUGCCCUCCUGAAGAUGUUUGAGAACAACCGGGUGAAGUUCUACAUGCAGACAGAGGUGUCAGAGCUUCGGGCUCAGGAGGGAAAGCUGAAGGAAGUUGUGCUGAAGAGCAGCAAGGUUGUGCGGGCUGAUGUCUGCGUGGUGGGCAUUGGUGCAGUGCCCGCCACAGGCUUCCUGAGGCAGAGCGGCAUUGGUCUGGAUUCUCGUGGCUUCAUCCCCGUCAAUAAGAUGAUGCAGACCAACAUCCCAGGCGUGUUUGCAGCUGGUGAUGCUGUUACCUUUCCCCUUGCCUGGAGGAACAAUCGGAAAGUGAACAUCCCACACUGGCAGAUGGCUCAUGCCCAGGGGCGAGUGGCGGCCCAGAACAUGCUGGCGCAGGAAGCGGAAAUCAGCACAGUGCCCUACCUGUGGACUGCCAUGUUCGGCAAGAGCCUGCGCUAUGCGGGCUAUGGAGAAGGCUUUGACGAUGUCAUCAUCCAAGGCGACCUGGAGGAGCUGAAAUUUGUGGCUUUUUAUACCAAAGGCGACGAGGUGAUUGCUGUGGCUAGCAUGAACUACGAUCCCAUCGUAUCCAAGGUGGCUGAGGUGCUGGCCUCUGGCCGUGCCAUCCGGAAGCGGGAGGCUGUUUAUGCUACACAGCAAGACUGGCGACAUGUCUUGGCUCACUGGGAAAGGAUCCUGAGCUCUUAUACAGUGAAUUUAGGCAUGCACACUGGGACACCAGGGACAAAGGCCAACCCCUGGGAGCAGGUGCCAAUUUCCAACUUCCCAGGAUUUCCCAAGGCAGAAAUGGAACCCUCCCAGUGCUUACCUUUGGCUGCCUGGCUCCUCUCUGGAAAGGCCUUUGCUACCUCCAGAAGAUACUCACCCCACAAGGCCUCAGCUGCCACUGACAGCUGGCACUGGAGAUGGGACAGGCCCAGCCUCUUUUUUCUUCUAUUGGGACUGGUCCCCUGGACAACCCUGCAACAUAUUAGACAUUAUUUCAAAAUAAAAAUGCACACAUUUGCAAAUCAGUGUGACUCCAAGUGUAAUUGGGUCACCAAUGUGAGGGAAAAAGUACACCACAGGGAAAACACAACCAAUUAAUCUUUGCCUGUGAAUGCCCAGAGGUAGGUAGCAACUGAUUCCUUCCUCCCCUCGAGGUCAGGGAAGGCUUCUCUAGUAUCUUUGGAUCUUGAUUUUUGAAGGAAAAGCACUCCAGGUAGAGGAAAAGCACUACGUGUGCAAAGGGCUUGAGACAAGAAAUCCUGCUUCAGAGUUCAAAGUCAAUUAAUGCUUGAAAGUCUGUGUACAUUUUUAGGGUUGUAGGUGCUAUGUCCUGAAACAGACCUGUGCAUCUCACAGCAGUUAAGUUUUCUGAAUUCUCAUUUGGGAGGCGAAGAAGCAAAGACUCUGCUGUUAAUUAGGAAUGAGAAAAGACGCUCAUGCCAAGCUGCCUUCCAGCCAAUAAGUACACCCAAGGGACAGGGGAGACUCGGGAAGAAACAAAAAGGGGAUAGUUGGACCGCCUGCCAUCCCGGAACCCUCCACUUGGGAUCCUGGGAGAGACGGACGAUGCAUAUGGGACCAACACGCGACUACAAAGCAUGCUGGGAACUCCGCGCCAGUGGAGGCUGAGGGUCGGCUGGCGGCGUGAGCCUGGCAGCAGGCGGGAAGUGCGGUCCCAGCGGGUUUGGGGGCCAGACGACUUUACUGCCAGGGACAUCCCGGCCCUGUACUUUCCGAAGUGUUAUACAAUCAUUGCAAAGCUGUCCAAUAGCCUAA